AUGGCUGACCAAUCAACCAAUGACACAACGGCUUUGUAUCCCUCGUCGAUUCCGGGGAACCGGAAAAGGCGUGGAGCGCUCGUUGUGAUUGGAGGGAUAUUGAUUCAUCUGACCUUCGGCUCUACCUACACGUUUGGUAACAUGACGCCAUAUAUCACGUCGUACAUGCGGGUAAAUGGCGUCAGUGACGUUUCUUACGCUGUCAGCACUUGGAUUAUAUCUGCGGAGGCGACAGGGGAGGGACUGGCUAUGUUCCUAGGAGGGUUGCUGGAGAGACGCUUCGGCCCGAGGGUAGCCACAUUCAUCGGAUGUUUUAUUUUCAGCGCCGGUGUGUCCAUUGCAUAUUUCACAAUCAACGCGUCAUUUGGCGCCAUAUUGGUGACAUAUGGCUUAAUGUCAGGACUUGGGAAAGGUUUUGGGUACGCUGUACCUCUAGCCUGUGCCAUGCGGUGGUUCCCUGACAGGAAGGGCCUAGUUAGUGGUUUGGUGGUUGGCGGAAUCGGUGGAGGAGCCUUCAUAUUUGACCAAAUACAAACUGCCUAUGUUAACCCACUGAACAAGAAACCAGAGCUUCAGUACAAAGGGGAGAGCGACAGGUAUUUUAAUCAGAAAGACAUACUUAGCCGUGUUCCCAUAUGUUUCUUAAUGCUGGGUGGACUAUACGCCUGUCUGCAGAUUAUUGGAGUCAUAAUGAUGACAAAUCCACCUGGCUACACCUACUAUGAGGAAGAAAUAUCUGUGAAAGAAAGUGUAGACAAAUUAGAAGGUGUAGUGAGUAUAAACAGAGAAUUGUCCAAAGGUGAUCACAGAGAAACAGUCCAGAGAGAGUUCAAACCAUCAGCAAUGUUGAAGACAUGGGCAUUCUACAAUCUGUGGUUGAUGUUACUGUCUAUAGAACAAGCAAUAGUGUUUGUAUCGUCAUUGUGGAAGGCCUAUGGUCAGACGUUCAUCCACGAUGAUAGAUUUCUAGCUUAUGUCGGAGCCUUCUCCUCGGUGGGAAACGCUGCAGGGCGAGUACUCUGGGGAUAUAUUGGUGACAAAACCUCUUUCAAGGUGGCGCAGCUGAGCGUCUGUACGUCGCUCGCAGUAUUCAUACUGACCUUGGUGUUCACCCCGUUUGGCGGCAAACCCUUCUUCUUUAUCUGGGUCUUUCUGAUCUUUCUGUCCUUCUCGGGAACCUUCUCACUGUUACCCGCGGAGACGGCGCGAGCUUUUGGCUCCAAAUAUUACACCAUAAACUAUGGAUUGAUGUGUAGUGCAGAUGUAAAGACGUUUGUGAGCACGGUCUGGCAGCAGGACAAAGGUUUCUUCUGGAGCGGGCGCCUUCCACACGAAUUCAUCCUUGCUGCCGUUCUCCAUUAG